AGGAGUCAACAUUCCAGGAUGCCUCCAGUCUGGGGGAAAAUGCUUCCUCAUUUGCUUCUCCCAGCCCACCUCAAGCAGUCUCCCCACCCCUUGAGUCUCAGCAGUGUUAAAGCUGUUACUUUCACAGCUUCCUGGGAGCGAGUGCUUUCUCAAGCCCGUCUUGCAAGGUGGGUCCUUUUUUGUUUUUGGCAGAAGGGAGGGACAGUGAAAUGUGCUCUGAGUAGGGACAGUUAUGCAAAAGCAAGUAGGAGGAGGAAGCCGAGGGGAGUUGGUGAGUCAGAGGAGAAAAGCGCAUGGCCCGGCUAGCAGUGAGCCUCUCAAAAGCAGCAGGGAAGCCCAAGCCACAAGGUCUUCCACUUCAGCACAAUGCUACUGCCUAAAAAAAUGAAGCUCCUGCUGUUUCUGGUUUCCCAGAUGGCCAUCUUGGCUCUAUUCUUCCACAUGUACAGCCACAACAUCAGCUCCCUGUCUAUGAAGGCACAGCCCAAGCGCAUGCACGUGCUGGUUCUGUCUUCCUGGCGCUCUGGCUCUUCUUUUGUGGGGCAGCUUUUUGGGCAGCACCCAGAUGUUUUCUACCUGAUGGAGCCCGCCUGGCACGUGUGGAUGACCUUCAAGCAGAGCACCGCCUGGACGCUGCACAUGGCCGUGCGGGAUCUGAUACGGGCCGUCUUCUUGUGCGACAUGAGCGUCUUUGAUGCCUACAUGGAACCUGGUCCCCGGAGACAGUCCAGCCUCUUCCAGUGGGAGAACAGCCGGGCCCUGUGUUCUGCACCUGCCUGUGACAUCAUCCCACAAGAUGAAAUCAUCCCCCGGGCUCACUGCAGGCUCCUGUGCAGUCAACAGCCCUUCGAGGUGGUGGAGAAGGCCUGCCGCUCCUACAGCCACGUGGUGCUCAAGGAGGUGCGCUUCUUCAACCUGCAGUCCCUCUACCCGCUGCUGAAAGACCCCUCCCUCAACCUGCAUAUUGUGCACCUGGUCCGGGACCCCCGGGCUGUGUUCCGUUCCCGAGAACGCACAAAGGGAGAUCUCAUGAUUGACAGUCGCAUUGUGAUGGGGCAGCAUGAGCAAAAACUCAAGAAGGAGGACCAACCCUACUAUGUGAUGCAGGUCAUCUGCCAAAGCCAGCUGGAGAUCUACAAGACCAUCCAGUCCUUGCCCAAGGCCCUGCAGGAACGCUACCUGCUUGUGCGCUAUGAGGACCUGGCUCGAGCCCCUGUGGCCCAGACUUCCCGAAUGUAUGAAUUCGUGGGAUUGGAAUUCUUGCCCCAUCUUCAGACCUGGGUGCAUAACAUCACCCGAGGCAAGGGCAUGGGUGACCACGCCUUCCACACAAAUGCCAGGGAUGCCCUUAAUGUCUCCCAGGCUUGGCGCUGGUCUUUGCCCUAUGAAAAGGUUUCUCGACUUCAGAAAGCCUGUGGCGAUGCCAUGAAUUUGCUGGGCUACCGCCACGUCAGAUCUGAACAAGAACAGAGAAACCUGUUGCUGGAUCUUCUGUCUACCUGGACUGUCCCUGAGCAAAUCCACUAAGAGGGUUGAGAAGGCUUUGCUGCCACCUGGUGUCAUCCUCAGUCACUUUCUCUGAAUGCUUCUGAGCCUUGCCUACAUCUCUGAGCCUUAACUACAUGUCUGUGGGUAUCACACUGAGUGUGAGUUGUGUCCACACAUGCUCAAGCAGGACUUUUGUGUCCAUGCUUGUGUCUAGAAAACAGACUGGGGAACCUUAUGUGAGCAGCACAUCCCACCAGUGAAACAGGGUAUUGCUCUUCUUCUUUUCUUGAUCUUCCUGUCUGGGCAGACUUCAGAGACUUUGUGGCCUGGAGGCCUAUUAAGCACGACACAGUAUCAGUGGAAUUGAUCCAUAAACCUCCCUGUCCACAUCUUGCCCAAUGGGGAAUGGAUCUUUCACCAAAGAGCUCACCAGCAUUUUCCACAGAGAUGCAAAUUCUGAGCCCUUAGAGUUCCCAGUGGAUUCAAGGAAGGAAGUGGGAACAAGGUUGGAUGCCUGCUUAUGAGCUUGACCAUCACAGCUAUUGGUAAUCAGAAAUAUGAAACAAAAUCUCUGCACAAAAGAGCAAGCUCUUAAGUUCACAGGGUGCCUGGGCUGCAUUUGAAUAUCACUUCCCCUCUGCAUUUUCCCAUCACAUAGAAGACUUUGACCUGUGAAGCUGCCAUCUGUUAAUACUAAAAUUCCCAAAUAAGGUUCUGUUUAGAAUGUCCCUUUUUAUGCUUCUUAAUUAUUAGCAGUAAAUGUUCAUUCUUAUGGGAUCCUAAGCUAA